AUGAUGUGCAAAGUACUGAUCUUCAGCUGUAUUUCAGCUGUGAUGCUUAUGACCACCGCUUAUGGAGCAUCUCUGGCAACAGAAAAAGAUCGACUUCUUAAAGCUUUAAUAAAAGAUUUAAAAUUCCUGGAAAAAAGCAAGAAUAAGAUUCAUCUUGAUCUUUACACACCAAAUGAGAAACAGGAGUGCAGCUGGCACACUCUACAAUGUUACCUGACAGAAAUGGGCACCCUGGAAAAUGAAAUUGAAGAUGAGGACUUUCAUAAUCUUCGAAAUAUCAAAAUGAAUCUCCAGAGUCUCAUGGACCUAACUCCCCAAGGAACUGGAUGCAAGAUCUGUGAAGCUCAUGACAAGAAGAGGUUUCCUGCAUUUCACCAAGAACUGAACAACUUUCUGAUAUCUAUGCUAAAAUAAUCAGAUCACCAUUUUUAUUUUUACUGCUCCAUUAUUUAUUUAAAUAUUUAAUUAUGACUAAUUUAUACAUUUUGCCCUGUGGCUUACCAGCUUGCUGCCCAUUUUGGGACCACUGUAUUUUCUUAGCCUGGGUGAUAAGGCAGUCUGUUCUAAGAUCACAUUUGAUCCUUUCUGUAAGCCCUACGGGCUCAAAAUGUACGUUGGAAAACUAAUUAAUUCUCACUUUGUCAAUAAACUUAGAGAGACAACUAUUUAUUGAAAGAACUAUUAAAAGUUACUUGUAGAUGAUAUUUAAU